UGAAGAAGAAGCCGAAUGGGCGCCGAAUGUCACGUGUUGGAGACGUUUCUCCGAGCCGGUCACAUGUGCGUGACGUCACUUGCGGACUAUUGGGAACUAGGAACUGGCUGCGGUCCUUUGCUUGAAUGGAUGGAGCAGUUAUGGUUGUUGGUGGUGCUAGCUGUGCUCUGUUUGUUAGCCCUGCUUUUGGCACUUCGGGUAUGGCUGGUUCUACGGCAGGGUGUUGAGUGCAGGCCUGGGAGGAAAGGUUGUGUCAGUCUCAUGGUAGUUGCUGGUUCAGGUGGACACACAACUGAAAUAUUGAGGCUGCUGAGCAGCCUGUCCAAAUCCUACUCCCCAACACACUAUGUCCUUGCUGAAACAGACAAAAUGAGUGAAGACAAAAUACAUUUGUUUGAAAAUACAAGAACUUCUGGUGUUUACAAGUCUACGUAUUCAAUUCAUCGCAUUCCCAGGAGUCGUGAAGUCAGGCAGUCUUGGAGCUCCUCUUUCCUGACCACUUUACAGUCCAUGUUAUAUUCCUUUCCAUUAACUGCUCGUCUACAGCCAGAUUUGGUCUUAUGUAACGGUCCUGGGACGUGUGUUCCUGCAUGUUUUUCUGCAUUUCUUCUCGGGGUCUUUGGAAUAAAGAAAAUAAUCAUUAUCUAUGUAGAAAGCAUUUGUCGUGUGGAAACUCUGUCCCUCUCUGGAAGACUUCUGUAUUAUAUUUCUGAUUAUUUUAUUGUACAGUGGCCUCAGCUUCAGACCAAAUACCCCAAAUCUAUAUAUCUAGGACGAAUAGUUUAAUAAAGAAAACCAUUAAUAUCCUA